CCAACACUAUCUAAUUCUACUUGUUCCCAUAUAUCUCUCCCAAAUUUUCUUCCUCCAAAUUAAAACUCCAUCCAAGUUUACUCCAAAUCAUCCUUUUUAAACCCUUAUACUUAACAUUCAAAACCCACCAUCUAAAGAUGAAAAACACAAAGAGAAACAAGACAACAAUCCUACCCAUAUUAAUGAUCUUCAUGAUAAUCAAUCUUCCAAGAAGAACAUGUUCAGUUUCAGUAGUUCAGUUCAUCUUUGGGGACUCCCUUUCUGAUGUUGGGAACAACAACUACCUAACAAGAAGCUUGGCUCGUGCUUCUCUUCCAUGGUAUGGCAUUGAUUUUGGCAAUGGCAUGCCUAAUGGUAGGUUCACCAAUGGCCGAACAAUCGCCGAUAUCGUCGGGGAUUACAUGGGACUACCAAGACCUCCAGCAUUCCUAGAUCCAUCUCUGAAUGAUGACAUGAUACUUGAGAAUGGAGUGAACUAUGCUUCCGGUGGUGGUGGGAUCUUAAAUGAAACUUCAUCUUUGUUUAUACAAAGGUUUUCACUGUCCAAACAGAUUGAGUUGUUUCAAGGAACACAAGAGAUGAUAAGGAUGAAGAUAGGUCCUGAAUCUGCUGACAAGUUCUUCAGUCAAGCACGCUACGUAGUUUGCAUGGGAAGCAAUGACUACAUCAACAACUACCUUUUGCCUGUUUAUGCUGAUUCAUGGACUUACACUGGAGACUCCUUCACCAACUACGUCAUUUCCACCCUUGAUUCUCAACUCCGGUUGUUGUAUGCUCUGGGAGCAAGGAAGGUGGCAUUUUUUGGAUUGGGGCCAAUGGGAUGUAUACCACUGCAACGUCUCAUGUCAUCAGAUGGUAAUUGCCGAGAAUCAACAAACAAGCUUUCAAAAGGGUUCAACAAAGCAGCAUUGCAGCUCUUGAAUAACUUAACAAACAUACUCCCAAACUCAAGCUUUGUGUUUGGAGAUGCAUAUGAUUAUUUCCAGGACAUCAUUGAUCAACCUGGAAAAACAUGGUUUGUACGUAGUUUCAGUAACUCAGACAGUCCUUGUUGCACCAUUGGAAAGAUAAGGCCAACUUUAACAUGCACUCCAUUAUCAACUUUGUGCAAAGAUAGAAGCAAGUAUGUGUUUUGGGAUGAGUACCACCCCACAGACAAAGCCAAUGAGUUGAUGGCUCAUGAAAUCAUUAGAAAGCUUGGCUAUAAACCCAUCAAUGGAACAACAAAUUAAGUUUGGCUAUAAUUAUAUAUUUGUAUGUUUGAGGAUUAGAUAUUUUAGUGGUUGAUACUUGGUGGAAGUUGCACCAACUCAACUUGAACUUUAAAAAAGGGUUGUGUAGGUUUUGGUGGAUGAGGUUGUUCAGCUGGUAAGAUAUUUAUAUAUACAUAUAUAUAUAUAUAUUGGUUGAUAAACAUCAAGGU